AUGGCUCCACGUGGAAACCAAAUGUUGGGCAAUGCCCAUUUCCGCAAGCACUGGCAUAAGCGUAUAAAGACCUGGUUCAACCAGCCAGCUCGCAAGCUCCGCAGAAGACAGAACCGUCAAGCUAAAGCUGUCGAGAUCGCUCCACGCCCAGUCGCUGGACUUCUCAGAUCUGUGGUUCGUUGCCCAAAUAAGAGAUACAACACCAAGAUCCGUCUUGGACGUGGUUUCUCUCUCCAAGAGUUGAAGGCUGCCGGUAUUUCCCAGGUUGAGGCUCGCACCAUCGGAAUUGCUGUUGAUGUGAGAAGAACCAACAAGACCGCCGAAGGACUCAAGGCCAACGCUGACCGUCUUAAGGAGUACAAGGCUAAGCUCAUCCUCUUCCCGAAGAAGCUCAGCGCACCAAAGAAGGGAGACAGCUCCGCUGAGGAGCUCAAGGUUGCCGCUCAACUCCGUGGAGAUAUUCUUCCACUUUCCCACACCAUCACCUUCGAAGAGCCACGUCAAAUCUCCGAAGCUGAACGCAAGGUCGAAAUCUUCAGACUUCUCCGCAAGGAGCGUGCUGAUAAGAAGUACCGUGGAAAGCGUGAGAAGAGAGCCAGAGAUGCCGCUGAGGAGAAUAAGUAA